AUGAAAGUACACGUCAAGAGUUUCCUAGCAAAACGAGGUGUAAGACCACCUGAGGAAGAAACUCUAGAACAAAAUAGAACAACAUUAUCUGAUGCAGGUUAUACAGUGAAGGAUCCGAGUAGGAAUAGAAAGGAGAAAUUUGCAGCCUACGGGCAGUUUGCAAAGGAUAAAAAUCCCCAUAAGUUUUAUGCCCCUCCUGGUUACGAGGAUGUAGCUCUUCAACGUCAACAGGAUGAAGCAGACGAAAGACAAGGAGCUCAAAAUGAAAGAGAUGCAUAUGAACGAGCAAAGAGAGAUGCAGCAAAGUUGAAGGAAGAAAAGAAACAAGAGAAAAAGAAAAGAGGUCUAUUUGGGAGAAAGAAAUCAAAGAAGGACGGCAUUGAGGAUUCUGAUUCAAAUGCUGGCGCUGGCGCUGCCACUGCCACUUAUGAUCCAUAUGCUGCGAUAACUAAACCAGUGAGCCAAUCCCCAGAUCCAUAUGGAAUGAAUAAUAAUUCUAACCUUGACGAAUAUAAUAACACAAUGAGACAACCUCACUCCAGAGCGUCAUCCAUGGACCCACAUAGUUCAACAGGCAACAUGCUGCAGCCCGUAGAUCCAUAUGGAUCCUCAUCUAGAACAAGAGAUCCGUAUAGUAAUGGAGGUUCGCAAAACACAGAUCCUUACGGUUCUUCUCAAAUUAGAGACGCCUAUGGUUCCUCUCAAAAUGUGAAUGCAUAUGGCACAUCUAAGAGUACAAGUCCAUACGAUUCAACUCAAAACUCAGAUCCAUACGGUACUCCGCAGCGCAGUAACCAAUAUACAAGCGCUGUACCGUCAUCAAAUAGUAGAAGUCAAACACCUAGUUCCAACCCAUACUCGACCAACGCCAAUAAUGAUAAUAGUAACUCCAUGAAUAAUGACCCAUAUUCAAGUUACACCACUAAUAAUAACGAUAGCUACGGUAAAUCUCCAUAUCAAACCAAUAAUGGAGACACCGGCAGAGGCCAAAUUAAUAGUGCCUACAACAGAGCUGCUCAACCUGAUCCUACCGAUGACCUGAAUUUUUCAACUCCUGGUAACACAUCCAGAUCAACCCCUUAUAAAGAAAGUCGUUCUCCGAUGUAUUCACGUAAUAACACACCUGAGGUAUCAACCGGUAGUUCAGGUCCUAUAGCUUCAUCUACUAGAGAUGUAAGGACAUCGAGAGGUUCCGAACUCAAGAACUAUAAUAGUUAUACUGUACCAACGGAUGGCAGACAACCUAAGGCAUCUGCACCAUCCGCAAGCAGCAACCCAUACGCAUCAUUAAGAAACGACAGUUAUAACACCACAGGUGCGAAGUCUUCUGCUAACCCAUAUGGUUCCAUGAAUAACGGUGCGAACUAUAAUACUAGAAAAUCUUCAAACCCAUAUGCCAAUGCUGCUAUGACAGCCCCAACUUCAAGGAUUAAGGCACCGAUACAUCGUACAUCCACAAAUAUAACUACUGAUUUAAAUGCAACACCAUCUAUUAUGGGAGGUGCUAGCGCUGUUGGUGUGCCGACAAUAGCAUCCACCUCUAACCCAUAUGGGGGGACGGGUGCUGAUGGAGUCGAUCUAAAUGAUACGAUAGAUAAAUACGGGGGUGGAAGUAUAGCAGAUGAUUUAAAUGCAGAUUUAGGUCAACGUGAACAACAACAACUACAACAAAUAGACGAAUUAAAUGCAACCGAUGACCAACGUACCCAGUAUGGUGCAGAUGAUAGAGCAAUGGCGUAUGAUAGUUAUCAAAACCAAUCUCAAGAACUAUAUAAUAAUGACUUAAAUGCAGAGGUCGAUACUGAUAGAGGUUACAAAACCUUCGAAGAAAUUCAACACGAAGAAGAACAACGUCAACAACAAGAGGAGGACGGUGCAGUUGAUGAAUUGAAACAACAAAUUAAAUUCACCAAACAGAGUUCGGUGGCAUCGACGAGAAACACUCUAAAGAUGGCCCAAGAAGCAGAAAUGUCUGGUAUGAAUACAUUGGGUCUGCUAGGUCAUCAAAGUGAAAAAUUGAAUAAUGUUGAAAGAAAUCUAGAUUUAAUGAAUAUUCAAAAUUCGAUUGCAGAUGAAAAAGUUACUGAAUUACAGAAAUUGAACCGUAGUUUAUGGGCAGUACAUGUCAGUAAUCCAUUCAAUUCUAAAAGACGUAAACAAGAACGUGAGGACAGAAUUAAGAAUCAAAAGAUUCAAGAACAAGCUAUGAUGAAUAAUACGAGCCAAGAAUUGAACGCAUCCCAGAAUAGAAUUGAAAAUGCUAUGGAUGACAAUGGAAGAAACAUUAGUGAUGUCAGAGAUCGUUAUGAGAGAAAGGAUAUCUUAGGUCGUGCACAGAAGUAUCAAUUCGAAAAUGAUGAAGAAGAUGAUGAAAUGGAGGUUGAAAUUGAUAGAAAUCUAGAUAAGAUUCAGCAGGUUAGUGGUCGUCUGAAAAAAUUGGCACUUGCUGCAGGUAAUGAAUUAGAGUCUCAACAGGACCGUAUUGGACGUAUUGAAGAUAAUACUGAUGAUUUGGAUAUUAAGAUUCAUGUCAACACUACCAAAUUAUCAACUAUCAAAUAA